AUGAUCGAUCCCACUGAAUGUGAGAGCCUGUCUAAUUGCAAUAGCGGUGAGGCUUUUUUCGAGGACGACAACAAUCCAUUUGCCCCCUCAGCGGUCAAUAAUACACACAAUUCAUUAUCAUCCACUGAUACAGAGCCCAGUAGUGACCCAGAGAACUUAAAUAUACGCCCUGUCCAGCUACAAUACACAUCUCAACUCAAGACACAACUCACCGGCACUCCUGCUUCCAAAGUUCGCUUGGUGCUGGAAUACAUGAACAUGCUUGGGCUCAAUCUUCCCUUAUUCUUAGAUUAUCUCAGCUUGGGCGACUACAACUGCAUCACGGACCCUGAGAUCCGCUAUGAAAGGACAGCUCUCAUGGUAAGUGAUGAGCUUCCAGUGAUACUGGCCCGCUGGCAUAAACCACCCCAGACCAAGGGCACUCACAAUGCGCGUGCAACUGUGGGAAAGGAUGUACUCGAGGCAUUUGCCUUCUCAUGUGUUAGGGAAGCUAUUGAAAGAGAAUUAAAUAGCAUACAGGAGUUAGCAAAGUGCCCGCCCAAAGAUGUCAGUGAAGAGGGUCUUACCAGCCUGCUAAUUGACGACUUGGUCCUCAAACUCCAGAGUCCUGGCUUUGGAGGCACACCCAAGCUGUGGGAGCUCCUUCAGCGACUAACAAGAACCCCUACACAAGAGAAACAAAACUCUGGGCAAAAUACAGAUUUCCUAAUGUUUUCCCGCUCGCAUCAUCAUAAUAGGUGGCCAAAGCUUCUCACCACCUUCCUUUGCUCUCAGGGCAUUACAAUGAGUCAUCGCUGGUCAGUGCGUGCAUUCAAGUCUAUUUCUUCCAACCAAAUGGACAAGGUUCGACACCUUGUCAGAUCCCACCCAUUUGUCAUAUCCCACGACAACCUCAACAUCCCAUUUCGUGUAUAUUCACAGUGUAUCGACAACCAAAGCCAUUUUGACUCUGGGACUGCAGCAACUGUAUAUUUCCAACCAGAUGCUCCACCUAUUGCUCCUCUGUAUCCUAGCAAAGGGAAGGACCUUGAGCGUCUGCAUGAUGCCUACACAAGCUCACAGGUUCACAUUGAAGUAGAGGGUCGUACAGCUAAAACCAAGGCAGAUAUCAUUCCAGAUGUCGUUACUAAUGGUGCACUCAACAUUGUCACCCUCAAAACAAUGUUGAACUGGUGGGACAACUGUGAUUACAAGCGAUCUAUGGAGGAGACUUGGUAG